UGGCCAAGCACUUUUUCUACCUUUUCAUUUUCUCCCCUCUAGCUUUAAACCCUUCUCGUCGGAACAGAUACUCGGAAAAAUCAUUUCAUCGGAGCCUUUCUCUUCUCAUUGCUCGGAGAGCGAGCGUGAGAGUCACACUUGUAAGCGUUAGGGUUUGUGAGGCAAACACCAGUCCACGAAGCUUUUGGAGCUUUUGAGAGUUGCUGCUGAUGCUUUAUAUCUUUAUUGGAAAAAUUUUCUCGGGAAAAUUUAGCUAGCGUCGGCUGUAAGUUGCUUUUUGUUUUGGUCUUAUCUUUCUUUUGUUUGUUAGGGUUUCUUUUCCUUUCUUAAACUGCGUGGAAGAAGAGGAGGCUUAGAACUCAAGCAAAGUUGUUGGAAGUUUGAAACGGAGCUUACUUUGAAGAAGAACUAAUCGGUGAGGAAUUUGGUAGAAGUAGUUGUGAAUGGUUCAUUUGGAACACGGAGCUUCAGAAUUAGGAGGAAUUGGGCUUUGGUUUUGUGGUGCUUUGAGUAUGCUUUGGAAAGUGAAAUGAACGGUUACUGAAAGUUGACCUUUUGGGGAUUAGGCUAAUGUUAAUUUCGUGAAUAUUAUGUGAUUUUGAGAUGAGAAAUUCGGGUAUAAUUUGAGGUUGCAAGUUGCAACGAUGAGUUGCAGCGAGAAGAACAGAGGAGGCGAAGAGGGGCAGUAUUCAACGAACUCGGUGACGCAGAAUGGAUCGGUGACGGCGUCGUCGCAGUUGAGUAUCGAUGAGAAUCUGCUGGUGGACCCGAAAUUGCUCUUUAUCGGCUCGAAAAUAGGCGAGGGAGCCCAUGGGAAAGUCUAUGAAGGAAGGUAUGGGGAUCGAAUUGUGGCGAUUAAAGUCCUCAAUCGUGGGAGCACUUCGGAUGAAAGAGCUGCACUUGAGAGUCGUUUUGCGCGGGAAGUUAUAAUGAUGUCUCGUGUUAAACAUGAGAAUUUAGUCAAGUUUAUUGGAGCUUGCAAGGACCCUUUGAUGGUGAUAGUCACAGAGCUGUUACCUGGAAUGUCACUCCGGAAGUAUUUAAUUAGUAUUCGUCCUAAUUUAUUAGACCUUCACGUGGCUAUAAAUUUUGCCCUCGAUAUUGCUCGAGCCAUGGAUUGUCUACACGCCAAUGGGAUUAUACAUAGAGAUCUAAAACCUGACAAUUUGUUGCUUACGGCGAAUCAGAAGUCUGUGAAGCUUGCUGAUUUUGGUCUUGCAAGGGAAGAAACUGUGACAGAGAUGAUGACUGCAGAGACUGGGACUUACCGUUGGAUGGCUCCUGAGUUAUACAGCACGGUAACAUUGCGUCAGGGAGAGAAGAAACAUUACAACAACAAGGUUGACGUCUACAGUUUUGGAAUUGUCUUAUGGGAAUUGUUGACCAACCGCAUGCCAUUUGAAGGCAUGUCCAAUUUGCAGGCUGCUUAUGCUGCCGCUUUUAAGCAAGAGAGGCCUAGUCUUCCAGAGGAUAUAUCCCCUGAUCUGGCCUUCAUCAUACAGUCGUGUUGGGUUGAGGACUCUAACCUGCGGCCGAGCUUUAACCAGAUCAUCCGCAUGCUUAAUGAAUUUCUCUUCACUCUCUCACCACCCUCACCAUCGCUACCGGAAUCGGAAUCUGAUACCAAGGCGGUGGCAACUAGUAAUGGUACCAUGACUGAAUUUUCCGCCCGUGCGAGGGGGAAGUUUGCUUUUCUACGUCAGCUCUUCACUGCUAAGAGGACCAAGAACUCACAAUGACGGUAAAAUUUUGAAAUUUUCUCUUCUUUUUUCCUGCCUGAGGAAAAUUGGCAUGCAACAGUAGAUAUAUAAUCUUUAGUGAAUUCUGGUUGAUUACCUAGAUAUCAUGAUUACUAAACGAUGAAAAAUAUUGAACAGAUUGAUGUUCAUGGGAAAACUCAUUGGGAAAUAAAAAGAAUUAGAGGACUUGACAUCGUCUA